AGGUGAAAUGCUCCGAAAAAUGGUUGUUUGAAACAAAAUAAUGUUGAGCUACUUUUGACAUUGCGUGAAAACGCUUACGAGCAAAUAAAAAAAAAGAAGAAAAAAACUAAAUUUCAGUUUUUGUUGUAAUUUUUUGGACGCCCAGUUAAUUCGUACAAAAAAACUGUUGUGAUUUUCAUAUAUGAUGUUCUGUGAGGUAUUCAUUAUUGUGCAGUGAAAUUUUUAUUUCCUAAAUAACACAUCUACGAUGACCAUCAGUAAAGAUAUCCGCAAUCUUCUCGAAGAUGUUCAUCAUUUCCUGGCAGAUGUUCUGCCAAGUCACCACCUGCCAGAGCCAGCUGAGCUCCAGAGAACACAAUUAUUAGACCAGCUGCUGGAUGUUGCCACUCGAUACCCGCUCGUGAGCUUAAACAUCACCACUGCACCCGCCGCUGCUGCCGCUGACGCAGCAAAAGUUGAAGGUCUUGAGCCUAAGGGCCUCGCUCUGGUCGACUCCGGCAAGAAAGUGCUAAAGAGAAGCGGCAGCGUGAGUAGCCACAGCAGCGGCGGCAGUUACACCAGCACGAGCUUCACUAGCAACGACUACACCAGCGCCAGCUAUACCAGCAACGGUUAUGGCUCGUACGAGGCAACGGCCAACAGCGGCCAAGUUGAUGUUCUGCACGAAGACAUUUACGAGGAGUUCGAUACCGUGCACGCUCGGAUGCCAGCAAACUCAUGCGGCGCAGGUUUGGACAGUCUCACUCCAUCCGCAAACGCUGCGGCAACGACGACCUCAGCCAAUAGUUCGAACCUCUUCUUCAGCGCCAUCAGAAGUAGCCUCUCGUAUGGCAAAAAGAAAGACAAAACUGGUCUGCAGUCCCAGACAAAUAAUGACCACUCAACUGAAAAAAAAUCAAAGCAAAUUAAUCGUACAUCUUUAAAUGAUUCGAAUUCCGAGGAUACAACUGGAAGCAAAGAGAACAAUAGGAAUCACAGAAAAACCUCGUCCAACGUCGAGCAAUCCAUUCUUGCGGGAGAGCGUAGCAGCAUUGAGAGUUCGUCAUCGAACUUGGAAGAUAAUAACGAAUAUCGACCGGAAAAUGGGUUAUGUCAGAGCAACUUCUAUGAAGAACCCGAGGCCGAAGAGGUGGCCAGUUUGGUGAACAACGUUUCGGCGGAGGCGGAGACGCUGGAGGCUGAGAACAAUUACGCCCAGGGCUUACAACCCAUCGCCUUCAGCUCUAACUUGGCGUGUUGUUCUCGGCACGGAGUUCUCCGCAAGAAGACCAAGCGACGUCUGCGUCCCUGGCGACAGUUCCAGUGCGUCGUGGCCAACGGCAAACUCUUCCUCUACAACAAAGAAACUGAUCAUCGACAGUUGAAGUGCGUUGAGCUUGGUCUGUACGACGUGCGCGUCGCUACAGGCGAGGAGACGUCGCCUCAGUCGGCGCGGGACCCGCCGUGUCUUGAGCUCGUCGCACCAGGCAGCAAGACGCACACGUUCAUGGCUCGAUCUGUUGCUGAUCGAGACGCAUGGAUCCAAGCGGUUGGGCAGUACACAAAGAACAGCAACUCUCUUCCUGCGCCUUCCACCCGACACUCGAAUGCCGUCUCGACAGCUGAUCUUGACACUUCGAAUCCUCCUUCUAACUCAUCAAGCCGGACAGAAGAUGACUCUCCAGUUAAUAAUAAAGGUGGUUCUGAUACUGAAAAGAAGAAAGAAAAACUGCGUAAGCUGUCGGAUUUUAUUCCGAAACCUUUGCUGAGUCGAGGCAGCAGCAGUACCUCCUUAGGAACAAACAAUUCGCCCUCGCCGAAUGUGACAACAAAUAGUAAGCAAGAUCCCCUGAGCGGAUCGAGCGACCUGUUGACUGCGGAGGAGGGUUCCGGCGAAGACUGCUUUUAUUCAGAGGAGUUGUAUGAAGAAAUGAACCUGGACGAGCUCCGCUGCAGGUCAGGCCCCUCGCUAUCUGAGAUGCUCGAGCCUCACCUCUUCCCCAACUGCGACACCAGCAGCGCCUACUACUGCGUGCCAAAUGACAUGAGAGGCGAGGAUGUCACGAGCUGUACUUCCGAUGAGGAGAAGAUAUCGAACGCUGAGCCUCAGCCUUGUGUUGCUUCCCCUAAAACCCCCAGGAAGACUGCCCCUGUACGCCCGCCACCUCCCAACAUUUCCCUUGGGAAGCUGGAGGCCAACAGAAGUGCACUCCAUGACGAAAUAUUGAGCCCAAAAAAUCCUGUCUUGAACGCUCUCGCCUGUUCCACCUCAAACAAAAAAGCUGCCGUGAAGUCUCCGGGAUCUCAACUUUCGAAAAUAUUUCCUGCGUGUAGAAGCCUUCCCUUCAGUUCCCCUAGUCGUCCUUUGCCGGCUACGCCACAGAAAGAUAUGGAAGAAAGCGGGUUUUAUUGUGAAAUUUCCGAUGACGACUUCUAUGAAGAAAGCGAAGCCGAUGGCACAAGCUUUGCUACAACAUCCAUUACGGUUACGGGUUCAUUGCCUAAUAGGCAGCCUGUGUUGAAUCCCCGGCCACCGCUGCCGGUUAGAGGACCACCGCCUAUCCCAACUCUGCCUCAUUCGUCAUCUGUCAGAGCUCCGAUCCCUGCGUCAAGCGGUACAGAUGUCGCAACGAAUUCGCAACUGUUGGAAGAAUAUGACAUUCCUGACGACGUCCGCAUACACACGGCAGUGGAGAAUCAGCAACAAACUUCUAGCAGCUCAAGCAUUGGAAAUAGUUCCAGUGACUCUGAUUCCGUAGCGCCAGAGGUAGAUAAUGUGUAUAAAAUUCCAAAUGCUACAGUUCCAGUAUCCGAGGAUAUAUAUAAAGUCCCGCCGUCAAUUCCAAUACCGGUUGGCAACAAUAAUCUUACACUAACGAAUAAAUCCGACAUAAAUAACAAAGUUGAAGCUAAUAACAGCGAUGGCAACAGUCUAUCGACCCUCGGUGGUGUAACAUCUGAAGUAAAAAAUGUAGAUCCACUUGAGCCUGUGCCGCCAGUUUCGUCCUCUGUGUAUCAGAGCCCUGCACCGGUGUCUGUUCCAGUCGACAAGUUCCUCUGUCGUGCAUUGGGAACUGGCAACAAAAAAUCUGGAGAAAAUGAAGACUUGAAAAGCAAGUGUAGUGCUGAUGCUACCAAGAUGAAGACGGUAAACACUAAUACAUCUGUCGGUAGAUCACUCAACUCAUCAGAAAAGAAACCAGAAAUGAAUGUAUCUAUUAAGGACAGGAUAGCGCUAUUUAAUCAAAACAAGGCCUUGGAGACAACGCAACUCUCAAUUAAUAAAACAAUCAACCAGUAUUCAGACGAAUUGUUGGUGAGAUUGGAUGAUAAAGAAAUUCGUCUUGACAAUGCGAAGAAGAAAGCCUUUUUGCAGUCGACGCUGAAUUUUAGCAACUAUAGUCCAUCUAAAGGACAAACUAGUCGCGAAUCUUAGAACAUAAAUAAAAGAUAAUUCAUUUUAUUCUUUAUAUUCAAUCAUUCUUAACUAUUUUCACCGUAGAGUACUGCUUUCGAUCACUGCAGUUGUGCCGCCUUUGUAUUUGAAAUGUGAUGCUACAAUUUUCAAUGUGCUUUCCAUUUGUACAGAUUAUCGUCCUUGAGAUGGACUAUUUUUAUCAUCUGCUCAGCAUUUAGUUGCAAUUGAUGCAUAAUAACUGAUGUUCUGUCACUUUUAUCAUUUUGAUUACAUUUUUAUGCUACCGUUAUACGUAUUUUACUCGUUAAUUUUGCUUCAGAAAAUACUACGAAUCACAAAGCGAGGAGACUAAUAUACUAUUUGAAUGCAUUUUCUAGAAAUAUACCUGUAUUUAUGUUCUU